AUGCGAGAGAUUUUACGCGAAUCGUCCUUGGCAAGGGACAUCAAGCAAAUAUAUACUGCCAUUUCAUCCAAUACAGCAGCGCAUGUCAUUAUUAACGAUUUUAUUGAUUUGUCGCUUCAAAUUCCAACCAUUGGCAAUGUGCAUGAGUCUGGUUUUGACCGAAAAAACUUGUCAGCACCUUACUAUCCACAUACUGAAGCAAGCAUAGCUAUGGGCAAUACUCGAGAUAACUACACUGGGUCGUCUCUGAUGGACAUCUACAGUGUGGCAGGAUACGAGUACGAUAGUUAUCCAGUACUUUGUCCAUACCAUACUCUACUCUUAUUAGAAGAUCCUGAAGAAGUGUUAAAGAACAUGCCUCUGGAUGCCAGUCCAACGCUUGUCCAACUGGUGCAAAUCUUGACACCUACACAGAGCCUGCAAGAAUUGCACCUGCUGUUGGACUGUUCUCUGGCUCAGAUCUAUCGAUUAGCUGCUCAUCUCAUUUAUUGGAGAAAAGCCAAACUCAUUCAUACCAUUAGUACAAGAAAUAUCUAUGUCGUCUCCCCACAUGCCAAACUAGACGAUAUGGCAAGUCUUGAGGCUGACUUUCGAUCCCAUAUUCCUAAUUUGAGCUUACCUGUCUUAUUAUCCAAACUGCAACAUGCUCAACAAUACCACCUUGUAUACCAUGUCAAGGAAUUGAAAAACCAAUAUCUGGAAGCCAUUACUUAUCUGAUACGAAAAGACCUUGUUGUUCAAUUGCACAUGUACCUUGUCUUGCUAGUGCCUAUUGAAAAAAAGACAGGCAUUGAAACACCUCAGUCACAGUAUGAUACUCAAUUAUUAGAACAGCCAGAACCCUCAGCACCACUCUCUUCUAGCCCCAACAACAUGGCUAACAAUCCUACUAUGGAUCCAGAAUGGAACAGACUAAAACGUCUGAGUUAUGAAAGAGCACCCAAAGAAGUCGCUGAACUGUUUGAACGUUUGCGUCCUUACAUGAAUGGUCAACACCAUAUAGAAGAAAUCAUUUAUCGAGAAGGAAUUUCUCGUAGACAACUUGGUCUUGUCCUUAAAUACUAUCGAGAUAAGAUUGUUACUGUAUAUCAUUACUAG